CAUUUAAUUUAACUCUCCUUAAUACUCGUGCCUAGCGAUGUCAAUGGACGGGUUUUACCUGGACCAGAACCAUUAAAAUUGUUACGGUUCCGAAACCAGAACCGAUCCAUUGCUUAUUAGAUCCACACCGGACCGGACCAUUAAGUGAUAAAUAAAAUGGUUUUGGGUAGGUUAAUUACCCAUGAAUCUUAUCAGACCCAUAUACCCAAUAAUAUCCAUUACCAAACUUAAAAAAGCCCAAAAAAGAUCAAAAAAGCCCAUGGUCUCAAACUCUCAAAUCUCAAUUCUCGUCUGAAUUUGAAAAUUGGAUCUGCACGCAGCGUCGCAGCCGCUUCACGCACACCUCAAUUCCUCCGCCGCCGCUGCUCGCCUCCGCCGCCAAUUGGUGUCGCCUCGCUGCUGAUUGUUGUCGCGCUCUCUGGAAUUCGCUGCUCUCCGCCGCACGCCGCCGCGCCGGGAGUUCCUACGCUCUCCGCCGCACGCCGCCGCCGCGCCGCGAAGCUGCUCCUGCACUCCUCAAGGUGGUAUAAUAAUGCUUUCAUUUGGUGACAUUACUUUAUGGGCCUCACUGAUGCACUGAGCUUAUUGUUUGCGGCUGCUGUUUGGUUCGCUAGUUACGCUUUGGUUGCAGUUCUUGGAGUCUUCCAAGCCUUUGAUUUUCUCCGUAUCUCCAUUUCCACCUAACAGAGAACGCCCUGCAAGAUACAUAGCAGAAAAACAAAUAGGAAAGUAUCAUGGGUUUCGCACAACUAGUCAUUGGACCUGCUGGCAGUGGAAAGUCUACCUACUGUUCUAGCUUGUACCAACAUUGUGAAACUAUUGGCCGAUCAAUCAAUAUUGUAAACUUAGAUCCUGCUGCUGAGAAUUUCAACUAUCCUGUAGCAAUGGAUAUUAGGGAACUCAUUUCUCUGGAGGAUGUCAUGGAGGAGCUUGGAUUGGGGCCAAAUGGUGGCCUUAUCUACUGCAUGGAGCACCUGGAAGAAAAUCUGGAUGAGUGGCUGACAGAAGAGUUGGAUAAUUAUUUGGACGAUGAUUAUUUAGUUUUUGACUGCCCAGGCCAGAUAGAACUCUUCUCCCAUGUACCUGUGCUUAAGAACUUUGUGGAGCAUUUAAAGCGUAAAAACUUCAAUGUCUGUGUUGUGUACUUACUUGAUUCACAGUUUAUAACAGAUGUCACCAAGUUCAUAAGUGGUUGUAUGGCUUCACUUUCUGCCAUGGUUCAACUGGAGCUGCCUCAUGUUAAUAUUCUCUCCAAAAUGGACCUUGUGAGAAACAAGAGGGACAUUGAGAAUUACUUAAAUCCAGAACCUCAGACACUAUUGGCUGAGUUGAAUCAGCGCAUGGCUCCACAGUUUGGGAAACUUAAUAAGAGUUUGAUUGAACUGGUGGACCAGUACAGCAUGGUGAGCUUUUUUCCUCUUGAUCUGAGAAAAGAGAGCAGCAUUCAGUACAUUCUGUCGCAAAUUGACAUGUCUAUUCAGUAUGGGGAAGAUGCAGAUGUGAAGAUUAAGGAUUUUGACCCAGAAGAUGACGACUGAAUGAGAUUUUUGAACUCGUCAAAAAGCAAUGCAAUUGCCAGGGUUUGCAUUCGUUUUGUCAAUCGUAGACUCUAAUGGUUGUAAUCUUGAUAACACCUGAAUGCAAGAAAACAAACUGCAUUUUUGACUUGGUAUUGGAUAAUGGUGGUCAUGGUGCAUGUGGAGUAUUUGAUAUAACUUUCUUUAUGAAGUAA